GCUUCACAGAGACCGGGGGGGCUCGGUGGAGAGUCGCAGGCUCGGGGGGCUUCCGAUCCAAACUGCGCAACUGGACUAAUAAUAAUAAUAGUAAUAGUAAUAGUAAAAAACACAAAACAGGACCUUUUUUUUUACAUUUUAUUUUUUUGAUCAUCAGACAUAAACAUGGAGAACGUGCUGGCAGUUCUUAAUUUGGGGGARUUAGCCCACGCUUUCUCCAAAAUGGGAAUGUUUCCUGUGUUUGACCUGGCUUAUUACAUCGUCUCCAUCCUCUACCUCAAAUAUGAACCAGGCUCGGUGGAGGUUUCCCGCAGGAGUCCCGUGGCCUCCUGGCUCUGUGCCAUGCUCUACUGCUUCGGUAGUUACAUCCUGGCAGACAUCAUGCURGGGAGCAGCCCCGUCGACUAUUUCCAACACAACAGCCACAUCCUGCUGGCCUCGGCUGUCUGGUAUCUGAUCUUUUACUGCCCCCUGAACCUCUUCUACAAAUGCGUGGCUUUCCUGCCGGUCAAGCUGGUGUUGGUCGCCCUGAAGGAGGUCGUCCGCGUCCGUAAGAUCGCUGCAGGUGUUCACCACGCCCACCARGCCUACCAUCACGGCUUCUUCAUCAUGGUGAUCGUUGGAUAUGUCAAAGGAUCUGGAGUGGCGCUUAUGUCCAAUUUUGAGCAGCUGCUGCGCGGUGUGUGGAGGCCCGAGACCAACGAGAUCCUCAGCAUGUCAUUCCCAACUAAAGCCAGUCUGUACGGAGCCAUCCUCUUCACCCUGCAGGAGGCCCACUGGCUGCCAGUGUCCAAGAGCACCCUCAUCCUCGUCUUCACCCUCUUCAUGGCCACAUGCAAGGUGGUGAUGACGGCCCGACACUCUCAUGGUUCCCCCUUCGCCCUCAUCGAGUCCUGGACUUGUCACCUGCUGUUCGGCUCUCCUCUCGGCUGCGGCGAGGAAGACAACCAUCACGCUCCCGUGGCGGCAGCACCGUCUUCUCCUCUCAAAAGCAAAGAGGAGCUGAGCGAAGGCGCCCGCAAGAGGAAGGCCAAGAAAGCGGAGUAAAACGUCGUGCUGCGUCUGACGUCCCAUUCCCCCGCCUUUUUUUUGUGUGUGUUUGUUUUUUUAAAGAAAAGGAGCAGUUCUUUCCGCCUCUGUUGGAGCAACACGGUGCUUUCUGUUUUCCUUAGGUUGAGGACUUUGGAAAUACCAAGGAAAAUGUUUCACACUUUAACCCGACCUGGACACUUAUUUAUUAAUGAACACCUGUGUGCUCGUCGCUCCGUUUCACAGGAUGUUUCCAAAUAAAGAGAGAAAAUUGAUUCAACUUCUUAAUCAGAUAAGUUGAGUGAAGCAUUACGUGGAAGAACAGUGAGAUGAAAACGACUUUGUUUAUCUUUAAAUAAAAUCAGAAAAACAUUGUGUUCUUGUUGUGCUUUUUUAUUCUAAAUAUCYCUCAGUGGGAUUUUAACACUUUGCCUUGAUUUUUUGUUCAGUUUCUUUAAAAUACUGAAAAAUGUGGCUUUUUAAAAAACAUCUAUUUUUUAUUGUCAGCAUUUUUUUAAAAGAAAGAAUGUACAACAUUUAUUCUUUUAUUUUUUCAAAUAAUAUGUUCAAAUUUACCCACUGUGGUUUCAAUAAAGUUUCAUCUCAUCUCA